UCGGAAAGUUGCUUGCACACUGAAUUCAGCACCUGGUCCAAACGGGACGGCUCCGAAUAAACUAAAAUACUAGCGGAUUUGUCGGGGACUUUCCCGUGUGCUUCCCUCGCCUUGGACUCCCAACUGUGACCCGGUCGUCCAUUUUUAAAGCUCUCCCCUCCUCUCAUUGUAUAUAGACUCACCGGCACCAUGUCACAACAUUUCAGGAGUGGACCGGCGUUUGGACUUUCUGCCGAGGUCAAGAGUAAGUUGGCAGGGAAGUAUGACCCUCACAUGGAGGAAGCGCUAAGGCUAUGGAUUCAGGACGUGACCAGCAAGAAGAUUGGAGAAAACUUCAUGGAGAGUUUGAAAGAUGGAGUUGUGCUGUGCGAACUCAUUAAUGUUCUCCAGCCAGGCUCUGUGAAAAAGAUCAACCACUCCAGUCAAAACUGGCACCAGUUGGAAAACAUUGGAAAUUUUGUCCGUGCAAUCACCGAGUAUGGCCUGAGACCUCAUGACAUCUUUGAGGCCAACGACUUGUUUGAGAAUGUCAACCAUACUCAGGUCCAGUCCACUCUCAUCGCUCUGGCCGGAAUGGCCAAGUCGAAAGGGUUUCACUCCAAGUAUGACAUUGGAGUGAAGUAUGCUGAGAAGCAGCAGCGUCGCUUCGCUCCAGAGAAGCUCAGGGAGGGACGCAACAUCAUCGGCUUACAGAUGGGCACCAAUAAGCUCGCCAGUCAAAAAGGUAUGACUUCUUAUGGCACAAGACGCCAUCUCUAUGACUCGAGGAUGGGCAUGGACAACCCAAUGGACCAGUCGACCAUCAGUCUACAGAUGGGGACCAACAAAGGAGCCAACCAGUCUGGUAUGACGGCACCAGGAACAAGGAGGCACAUCUUUGACAAGAAGCUGGAUCUGGAGAACUGUGACACCACCACUAUAUCGCUGCAGAUGGGCACCAACAAAGUGGCCUCCCAGCAGGGCAUGACCACCUACGGCCUCCCCCGCCAGGUCUAUGACAACAAGUACUGCGCCAACCCGACCGAGGCCUGCAACAACGGGAGUGAGGCUGAGUUUGAUGGCUACAACCAGUACUCUGACUAAGAAACCCACAGGCAGCCUCAAAGCCCCCCUCCCACGUCGUCUUUGCUAAAUUUUAGACAACCAAUCAUGACUUUGUGAUGAGCAACUCCCUCUCCCAGACUGUUAUUUAAACACCAAUUUGAUGUCUUUUUCUCAACAUUUUUACUCUUGGGAAAUGUUUCUUUCCAUGAGUAAAACGAUAGUGUUUACUUAACAUAACAACUUUCAUGUUGUGGCCAACUUUAUUCCAUCCUAAAUGUAUUUAGUCACUGCUAUAGACCCAGACACUCAAGAGGUUGAUAUUUAAUAUCUGUGCUAUUUAUACAUCAUUUUAAAGAACAUUAUAUUCCUACUUUGUAAUCAGACACCCAGACAACACAGAAUUUGACAGUUUCUGCUAUGGACAAGUUACCAUGUUGGUGCUACUGACCUUUUGGAGUGCGAUCUAUGUCCACAUUGAAUCUUCACAGGCCCAAGGAAUCCCCCCCCCCCACUUCUGCCCAUGACUGACAAGAACGGAAGAUGCAGGACUAAUAGAUUUACAGUAUAUGGACAUUUUCUUGUGAGCACCUACAUUGAUUUAUAUCGUCAUCCGCCCAUCAAAUUACCAAUGAUUCCAGGUAAAGGCUAUCCCAGUUUGCAGAGAAUGUUACCUCAAACUUUGGCUGCUACGUAUAAUGAAAACUAUAGAGAGGGCCAAGACAUGGAAUAUGGUUAUAUGGCAUGGCAACAAGAGUAUAUUGGACAGCGUUGAAAAUUGAAAUAAGGUCACGUAAUCCGACUCCAUAUAACGUUUUUGUUUGUGAAUUCCUCCCAGCUUGAUGCUGUUGCUCCAAUUGCUCUUUAUCUGCCUUUGCUUACGUGUGCAGAAAACAAAUUGAUAAUGUUAAGUAUGCACGCUAAUCUUUGUUUUUUUUGUUAGUUUUUUUUUUUAAGAUAGCAUAUCGUAUUGCUGUACCUCACCAAAUGUCUUGAAUGUAAAUGUUGCUAUUAGUGCCACAGGCUGCUGCUGGAUACGUAUAUGUUAAGAAACCACAAAUAUGUGCACAAUCUAUGGGCAGCAGUCCCACCAGUGUUGGAGUACAUAUUUUAGAUUUGUAUUGUUGAGAUUUACAGUCACUGUGCUAAAAAUUGGUAGCCUUGCAGCUUGGAGUAGGACACCAUCUAGUGUUUUGAAAGUUUCACACAAGACAAAAAGCGUGUGCCGAGUUGUCAGUCAAAUCUUUGAACAUUCCUUUAAUUGAAUAAAAUGAAUGCGAGCAAUGAAGAUUAGCAUUUUUACAGUGAAUUUAUGAAUCUGUGUAAUCUAAAAUAUAUAAAAAUGUUGAGUCAAUGGUAAAAUGUCACCUUUCAUGAGUAGGCUGUGUUUCAACAAUAUUGUCUUUCUUAUAUACUGGCUUUCACUAAACAUGACAUUUGUGCAAUAAAAAUCACUU